UAUUUCCAAAAAAAAGUGGAUCCAACUCUAACGUUCCUUUCAACCCGUCGUCGUCUUCUCCCUCUCUGCUACUUCGCUUUUACUUUGUAUCCGUUGAAACCGCACUUUUAUUUUCUUUCUUUCCUCAUGGCAAUAAAACCUCCAAACUCUUAAAUCUUCCACUGAUUCCCGCAACUUUCUCAUCAACCAAACACUCACAUUUUCCCAUCAAAGAAUUCCCUUUCACUACCCGUCGGAAACCACCCAAUGUCGGUCUCCGGGACCGUUGAUUCCUCCUAUAACGACACGGACAACUCUCUGCCUCUCAAGUUCGCGUCAAAAACAUCAUUUCUCAAUCUAAACCUCUACAUUCUGAUCGCAAUUAUCUCCACAUGUGCACUUUUAGUUGUACUCCUUGUUUUCCUCUGCAUCCGCUUGAAAAGGGCUUCGCGGAAAAGGAACAAAGUGCUUGCCAACCAGAGCUCCGGUCUGAUCCCUUUAGUGUCCAAAGAAAUCGUUGAAAUUAAAGCUUUGGAUCGGAAAGGGAAUGACUUGAAAGAGGAGGUCAAAAUGGGAAAUGUGAAUUUGACAAAGGAGGAGGAGAUUGAGGCUGUUGUUGAUUUAGAGAUCGGAGAAGGAAAGCAGAAACAGAAGAAGAGUGGAGAGAGUGAUGACGCGUCUUGCAGCGCGAGUAGUGACGCAUCGUCGGCGGAGGCACAGCAGAAUAUCGGCUGGGGCCGUUGGUAUAGCUUGAAGGAGCUGGAGGUGGCGACACGUGGAUUCGUGGAAGAGAAUGUGAUCGGUGAAGGAGGAUACGGUGUUGUGUAUAGAGGGGUAUUGGAGGAUGGGUCAGUGGUGGCUGUGAAGAAUUUGCUUAACAACAAGGGUCAGGCUGAGAAGGAGUUCAGGGUGGAAGUUGAAGCCAUUGGAAAAGUAAGGCAUAAGAACUUAGUGGGUCUAGUUGGGUAUUGUGCAGAAGGUGCUCGUAGGAUGCUUGUUUAUGAAUAUGUUGACAAUGGGAAUUUGGAGCAAUGGUUACAUGGUGAUGAGGGGCCUGUCAGUCCACUGACUUGGGAUAUCAGAAUGAAAAUUGCCAUUGGGACCGCAAAAGGACUAGCCUAUUUGCAUGAAGGUUUAGAACCUAAAGUUGUGCACCGGGAUGUAAAAUCCAGCAAUAUACUUCUGGAUAAAAAAUGGAACCCAAAGGUCUCAGACUUUGGAUUGGCCAAGCUCUUAGGUUCUGAAUCAACUUAUGUCACUACACGUGUUAUGGGGACAUUUGGAUAUGUUUCCCCUGAUUAUGCAAGUACAGGUAUGCUUAACGAGGGCAGCGAUGUGUAUAGUUUUGGAGUCCUUCUUAUGGAGAUAAUUACAGGAAGGAGCCCAAUUGAUUACUCCAGGCCAGCUGGAGAGAUGAACUUGGUUGACUGGUUUAAAGGAAUGGUGGCCAGUCGUCGUGUGGAAGAGGUUUUAGACCCUCUAAUUGAAGUUCAGCCUUCUCCAAGAGUGCUGAAACGAACCUUGCUGGUUUGUCUUAGAUGCAUAGAUUUAGAUGCCAAUAAGCGGCCAAAGAUGGGCCAAGUUGUUCAUAUGCUUGAGGCAGAUGACUUCCCUUUUCGUUCUGAACUUAGAUCAAUUAGAGAGAAAGAUCCUCCCCCUUGUCAUGCAGCUGUGUCCAACAAAGUUCCACAUCCCACCAAGUAUGCAUGGGGCAAUGAUGCAGAAAGACCAACUCGGAGAUGAUUGUUGUUUGAAGAGUAGCAGUUUCCGAUUUCAAAUUAUUUUGUAGUAUAAUUUCUCAUUAAGUAUAUAGAAUUAGUUACACGUGUUCAAUGUGUAUAUUUACCUAUCCCACCUUUUGGAUAUUCUACGUUUUGCUGAUGCAUUGUAGCAUCUUAGAGUUAAAAUGAUCAGUGUAAAUAUGGAUCAUAUUUGUGAAAUCUCAACUUGCUUCUCAUGAAUAUCAGAAUCUUUUUAUUUCA